ACUCCAAGAAAUGUUUUGAUUCAGCUUCGGAAAGGAUUUUAGUUUGGGUUGUGGCUAGAUAUUCAUAAUGACACCAUGACUUAAUUUGUGUUCAAUUUAUAAACAACCAAGGAUAGCUAGGGGUUGGUUUUGGUGAUUCAGAAACUCACGCGGUGGCUUAGAAGUUACAAAAAUGGAUGACUUCUUGACUACCGCUCGCCUGGCCUGGGCCCCUGGGCGAGUUAGGAUGGAAUCCCCAUUAGUCAACAGUUACAAGAAGCCUUUCAUCUUCCGUCGGCUCAUUGAAACUUUCUUUGGGGGCUUGCGACUUUUUGCCUCCCAAGAUGUUCCUGUAUAUAUAUAUUUGAUGCAAAUUCUUCUCUUCAGUGGUGCGCCCUUACUCUGUACACUGUUUAUUGCACUGGAACACCAUGGCCAUGUCACAUUACCUCAAGCAAUCUUCUCAAAUGGUGCAGCAUGCUUGAUCUAUGCCUUCCUCACUCAGACCCUUGCUUUUUGCCUUCGAAAUCGAAGGUCAAAGUCAAGAGAGAUAGAACAAAUGAACCUGGCAUCAGAUGAAGAGGUCCUUCUUUUUGAUUCACCCAUCGGUGCCAGGACAUGGGCAUUUCUUAUAAGAGAGAAGCGUUUAAUAGCUAGUAUUAUUGUGCACUCGGUUGUUUGUGGUAUUGUUUGUGGAUCAGCUGUUUACUAUGUCAGACCAAAAACGAUCCUGGAAUACAAUGUGUCAUGGGGCUUGUCGCUUGCCUACACAAUAAUUGGUCUCAUAACUGUGGGAUCUGGAGUCUGGCCUCUGAUUGGUGGACCCACACCUGAACCUGCCCUGUAUCGGCCCCUCCCCUUUGAUCUGGGUCUUCUUUCGCGACCUCUGCACAUCCUCUUCUGUGUUUUGAUUUAUCAUAUUCAUGUUGUCUAUCCACAUGUUGCCUGGCUCUCCAUCUUAGACAUGAUCGGCCACAUCAUUUUUAUUUCCUUUUUAAUACUUUGGCUGCUUGGAAUAAUGCCACCCAUAGAUGCAUUUGUAUUCUGGCUGCUAGAACAAUGGAUUGUUGUUGCUUUAGGGGGUUCACCAGUAUGCUCAGAUGGACAUCUAAUUGGCUACUCCUUUUUCGGCACCUUAAGCCUUUUCAACGUGGCCACCAUGCCUACCUUCGACUCAAAGAUGAUCAUUGCUGCAGGCUGGGGAUUUUUUUUGAGCCUGGAUAUAGGGUGGAUGAUUGCAUCGCUGCUCUCACACCAUGUCAAGUUCCUCACUGGGAUGUCAGGAAAGUAUGAGGAGACACACCCUGUUGGUGGCAGGACUUCUCUGCGCCGUGUCACAUGCCGUCGUGAGUUGGCUUUCUUUUUGCCAUUGUUCAUCGCUGUCAUGGCCAUCAGCAUUGGGAUACAUCUGCCCAAUAUGGCGUGGUAUGGAGAGAUCUCUGCAGCAGUUCAAGGGGCAAAUAAGACCAUAGAGGAUGUGAAGAUGCUACAGUUUUUUCAGAGACCAUUUCUCUUUGAGGACUCUGCACGCAACAUCACAGGAUCAGUCAUCCUUGUAAUCACCGCCCUUUUGCUCAUCCUCAACGAAUUCCAGAAAGUCUACAUACUAGGCCUCUUCAAGAAUCCGUUGUAUGCCUACCAAAAGAGAAUUCAGAAGAGCUUCUUGAUGUACAUUGUUUCGCAGUUCAUACAGUUGGGAUGUCCAUUUAUAUCAAUGCUGUUUUUGCAUCAAGUAAUAACAGCAGAACUUUACUUGCAAGUCACACCAAUUCCAAGAACCUUCACACAUUUGCUGUAUACAAUUCCAGUUGUGAGGUGUUUUAGAGGGAUAUGGCAGUUCUCUCAAGCCUACUUCAUACAACUCUCUGCCUUCUUCCUCCUUGACCUGAUCUACCGUGAGACAGACCUUCUCCUAGGAUCUUGGGGCUCCUUUCCUCCAGCCACGAGGAUAUUUUUCAUUAGUCUGAGUUACCUGUGGGGUACUCGGUUUGUGCAGAGGCUCUCAACAGUUAUUAUCUUUAUGUUAACAUCAGUUUUGGAGAGCAAGCAGAGAAGUCCAAGGCUUUGGUUUCUAAUAGGCUUCAACAUUGGACUGUUCCCCAUCCUCCUGUGCGUCUUGGCCGUGUCCUCCAUUACGGCAGCGCCUCUCCUGCCCCUGUUCACCCUGCCGAUUUUCCUCCUGGGCUUUCCAAGGCCUCUUAGGUCUUGGCCCUACCCAGUGGGGCGGGCAUCCAACUCCUGUGAGGACUCCGUGUACUACGAACAGCUCACCCCCCACGUCAUUUUCGCCAUGCACAACCUGCUGCAGUCAGGCUCUCUGGGAUUGGUCGAGCCAGGAGAGCACUUUCUUCUGAGGUUUGAAGACAGAUUUCUUUGGAUACAGAUUCUGGAAUGUGGCUAUACUUUCCAAUACUACAGUGUCAAGGGCCUUGAGUUACAAGAGACAAGCUGCCACACAGCUGAAGCCUCUCGUGUUGAUGCUAAUUUCAGUCGUGCCUUUGACAGUCAUGGUGCGGAAGGCCCCACAUGCCUCAACCCCCAUGCAGCACACACUCUUACCCCUCUUACUCAGAUCAAUGUCCUUGGCUACUCUGACACCAAGAACGUCUUGACUGGUGUCAUUGACUCUCCUGAUACUCUCAAAGUGGUGAAUGACUACUUCCAGAAAGCACUACUCUAUGUCAUAUUUGACUGUAUUGUCAAUAGGUCGGCUCUGCUGGGAAACUCAUUCAUUGAAGUUGAACGUCGGACUUCCAGCAGUGCUAAUUCAAGGAGUGGAGAUGUCCUGAAGAGUCUACCUAAGCUCUCCAGAAGGACAGAAGUUCACUUUGAGGAGAAUGUCCCACUCAAUGACAUGGAGGAAGGUCAGGAACAGAACAAGGACCGAGUGUCAACUAUGAGUGGACGGAUCUCACAACUUUCCUCAAAGACCCCAAGUGGAAGGAGCAGCCGACUAGCCUGGAUUGAUGACCAGAGGCUGUAUGGCCCAGUGGUAGAGAUAUCCCCACCAUCAAGCUGGGAUGAUAGUGAAGACCCUCUGGAUCAGAGCAGUUCUAAGAAGAGGAGGCUGAACCCCAAGAGAAAUGAAGACAUCAUGAAUGCCAAAAACAAAGACAGGAACCAGACAUCCCUCCCACCCAUCCAUUCAAAGCCACAGACUUACCUGUCAUCUUUGGAGGACCUGACUGAUGUUAGUGACAAGGUACAGUUCUUGCCAGGUAUCAUGUAUGACUCCUCUUCAGAUGAUGGCCUUGAGGCGCAUGCUGUUGGAGGUCAGCCCAAGGCAACACACCGCUCCAAGCUUAAGAGUCCUGCCAAGAUUAACAUGCGAGUCAUCUCCCGCACAGAACUACGCACACCCAUAUACAAUUCACCUCUGAGUGCUGCCUUAGCACCCUCCUCAAGCUGGUUCCUAGACCUGCCUCUUGAGUCCGAGAUGAUUGAUGAAGUGCAGGAUAACUUUCCACAUGCCUGGUUCAAAUUCCUGCUCAACCACUUUGGCCGCAUGUACGUGGAGAACCGUAGCCAUCGAUCAGCUGAUAGCAAAGCUUCAAGGGCUUCCCGAGGUUCAGGCCCAUCCUCCACCAAGAGUGCAGGCGACAAGGAAGACCAGAUCCAAAGGAUGCAGUAUGAUGAGACCCUUGAGGAGUCCUACAGAUACUUAAUUGGUGCUUGUCAUGUGAUCGUCUUGGGGUCCGACAACCACCCACCAACACCCACGCAGGUUUACAAAACUUUCAGUGGUGAAAUACCAUGGUCAAUGGCAUUAGACUGGCUGCUUACGAAAGACCUGUUAUAUGAACUUGUUCUCAGGGCAUAUAGAGUUGGAGUGAAACUCGCCCUGGACCACACCCUCAUUGGGGGCAUCACGGGCUGGGCCGAACUGCUGGCCUCCCUGGAUGACUACUGCUGCAACUGGUACCUUGGGCCUGACAUCAAGAGCACCAGUGAAGCCCCAGCUAAUCCCCGCGGAACUGCAUCGUACAUGAGGAGUGACGCAGAGUUGGCCAAACCGAAGUCAUGGUCAGAAGCUGUGAAGAAAGAAGUGCCGAAUCUCUUUUCUCUGGGAUAUAAUGCUGUUAAGGGUGUCUUCACAUCACAUCUGCUGAGUCUAGGAAAGGCAGAAAUUGCAGUAGGCCGUUUGGGAGCAGAAACCGUCAGGGGUCUUUGGGCUUCACUCAUGAUGGAGCUCCUCUAUCUUACCAAUGAUGACGAUGAACGAUAUUCAAUUCAGGCGCAGCCCGGUCUCCUCCGUAAUCUGACGGUUCAGGCAGCUGAUCCUCCCCUGGGCUAUCCCAUCUUUUCCAGCCCUCCUCUUAGACUUGCACUCAUCUGGCUCAAUGCCACGUAUGAGCAGCUGCCACAGUCUAGGGGUGGGGAGGAGGGGGAGGGUAGUGCACAGGGGGACGAGGAAGAGGAACCUCCGUCAAAUAUUUUCACUGUCAGUCACAAGUCUACUUAGAAGAGAGUGUGUAUGUGUGUGCCUGUGUGCGUGCAUGGGUAUGGGUGUGUCUGUGCCUGUGUCUGUGUCUGUUCAUUAUUGUGUGUUGUGAUAGAGAUUAGUUAGACAAAUGUGUUUUUGAGUGUGCAAUUAUGUGUUUGUGCAGAAGUUCACAUGAUAAUGUAUGUUAAUUGUUUAAUUAUUUAUAUUUUUAUAAUGAUGUAAUAAGUUAUUACAAAUGCUUACUUUAGCAUAAUUACCAGGAAUUGGUUUUUUAAUUAAUUGCUUUUUUAAUCAGUUAUAAUGAUAGAGUAUUUUGGAAUUGUGGGACCAUGAAUUACUCUACAAUUGGUCUUCCCUAGAUAUAUGAGCUGUCACUACAUAUGCUCAAUAAGUACAGUUUGACAGGAGACUGUUGUUCAUCACAUAGAUGUAAAAAAAACUAAAAAUAUAUAGCUGAAGAGAUAUAUUAUCUCUGCAAACUGAUUGGUAUCUAGAUAUUCUAUUCUUAGCAGGCUCUCUAGUUCAAAGUAAGCCAAUUUUGAAUCAAAAGAGUGAACAUUUUUAUUACUUCUGUUUUUGAUUUUACAUACAGAGCAACCUUUUUUCCCUUAAAGUUAUGAUCUCUUGAGUGAGUGUGUGAAGUCAGCAUCUAAAACAUGUUAAAGCUAUAUAGGGCUGCAUGUUUAUCUGGAAAAAGUCAGGCAGCAUACCUUCUUCACCUGUAGCAGAUAACCUCUAGCCAUUUUUCUACAUACCUUAUAUUAUGAGGUUAACAUGAUGACAACGAGAAUGUUUCUGAAAAAUCACGUUUUAACUGUUGCCAAACUAUGUACAAUAGACUUCCCUUGCAGAUUCCCAGAGAAGGGGGAAUGCAAGGGGCUGUAGCCACAGGUAUGAUUUAAGUUGUAUCUAUUAAAUGUGAUUCACGUUAUUAUAAAAAAAAAACAAUAAUAAGGGUAAAAAUGUUAAUGCAUUGUAAUGACGUGCAAGGGAGAUGUGUCACAGUAUUGUACAAGAAAAUGUUGAAGAAGAAAAUGUAAAUCAGCAUGAAUAAAUCAAUUUCAUGCAACAACAGUAAACUAGACUUUUCAUCAGAUGAAAUACAAAAAAAAGUAUUUUUCUUCAGGCAAUGAAGAAUUAUUAGAUAAUGUAACUCUAGACAUCUUAAUUUACUGCUGGUCUUUCUAAAAAAAGAAAGGAAAGAAAAAGCUUGCUGUGGGCUCGCCUGCACGUCUGUAAUUUCAGAUUAUUUAACAAAAGAUGAAAACAUUUUUUAAGCGGUUGUAUGUAAAAAGUGAAAAAAAAAAAUACUCUGCACUUGUCUGUGAUAAUGAUUUGAUAAUAAGGGCAAACUUGGUUGUUGCUUAAUUAUGCAUUUAGGCUAUUUCUCAGGGCAGGAGAUUUAUUCUACUUUGAUUCAUUGUUUAUUCAUAUGAAAAAUAUUAAUUAGAAACACAGGUUCUAUUCAUUUACAUAUUUAUCAAGAAAAUUAUGUAUUGAGCUCUCACUUGUAAGGUAGUCACACAAGUGCAAAUAUUAAGCAUCAGUUUUAUUUAUUUUUUGUUAGAUAACAUUGGAUUCCUUUUGUGACUUACAAUUUUUAUAUAUGGUUAAAAUCUCUGUUGAUAAUAUGCAGUUGUAUAUUAUAAUAUUUCAUGACACUAUAUUUCUCUAUACUGGUAUUGAUACUUAAAUAUCUCAAUGAUUAUGUGUAUAUUGCAUGCAUAGUGCAGUAUCAUUUUUAACUAUAAAAUUUCAUGAUUACAUCCAUGGAGUCCAUUGUUAUCUGCAAAAAGAAAAAAAAAAGUGAAAAUGUUAAAAAUUGUGAUCACUUUGAUAUUUGUUUAUUUUUAAUAAAAUAACAAAAUUA